UCACCCCAGGAGGGUUUGUACUAUGUGGAGGUGAGCUUUAAAGGACGUGUGAUUAACAACCUGACUGGGGUGGAGAAAGAAAACUAUGCUUUCAAGUUUUCUGCUGAGCAGACUCCCGUGGUUUACCAAAUUAGCCCUCCAUCUGGCAUCCCAGGAAAUUUAAUAGAGAUCUAUGGGAAGACAUUUGCUGGGAGAUAUGAGACCCUGGACUUCAAUGUGGAUUAUAUUGAUGGACCAGCUGUUCUUGUGGCAGAAGGAGAUGGAUGGACCAGCCUCUGCUCUUUUGCUGACGGGCAAGCAGGAAGCAUCUAUUCCAUUCAGACAAAAGAAGGACUGGGAACCAUGCAGUGCCGGGUGGAAGGGAACCACAUAGGGUCCCACAAUGUCAGCUUCUCAGUGUUUAACAAAGGAAAGUCAGUGAUAGACAAAGAUGCUUGGCUCAUCAGUGCCAAGCAGGAGCUUUUCUUGUACCAAACGCAUUCAGAAAUAGCCUCUGUGUUCCCGGUGGCUGGAAGUCUUGCAGGAGGAACUGACCUCACUAUUACAGGGGAUUUUUUUGAGGAGCCCGUGCAGGUCACUGCUGCAGGUGUCCCCUGUAAAGUCAAGCGUGUCUCUCCCCGGCAAAUCAUCUGCACCACUGAGGCUGUUGGCAGGAGCAGGAUGCUUGGUGCCUCCCAGCCAGGAAAUCGAGGGCUUCUCUUUGAAGUCUGGGAUGAUGCCUCUGAUCUGACAGAAGCAGGGCCUGGAUAUAGAUGGCAGUUUGUACCUAAUGCCCAAUCCCCAGUAAGAUUUCUGUCUGCAGCAAAGCAGUCCUUCAGCUCCAGGCUUCGUGGAUUUUUUGUGGCUCCUCAGACCAACAAUUACACCUUCUGGAUUCAGGCAGAUGGUCCGGCGUCUCUGUACUUGAGUUCAUCCCAAGACCCACAGCAUAAGGUGAGAAUUGCUUCUCUCCCAUCUGGCAAUUUGGAAUGGUCUGGGAAGUGGGUGAAGAACUGGAGUGAGAGUUGGCAACCAAAAUCCCAGAAAUUUGAGCUAACUGCUGGCCUGAGGUACUACUUGGAAGCACUGCAUCAUGGAAAGGCACCCAGCAAUGGGAUGAGAGUUGGAGUCCAGAUACACAACACGUGGCUGAAUCCCCAGGUGGUGAACAACUACUACACUGAGAGACAUGAAAUUCGGGCUCAUGCUUUAUAUCUCCCAGAUGUACAGAUGCUGACUGUGUCUGGCACGGGAUGGUUCAGUAUCUCCUGGAGCAAUGCACCCCGCAGAAUGAUCCACACAAAUUCCACUGCUCUUCAGGUCCAAACAGCAAUAGAGGAACUUCUUUCAGUUGGGUGUGACAUUGAGCCAACUUCUGCUAAAAUACUCUUCCAUGAUGGCUUUGAGAAAGAAGGUACAGAAAACUCUGUCACCACAGAACACGUUGUCUAUGGAACAGAGCCAUUCUGUGGGAGGUUCAGUGCUCGCAGCCCAAGCCAGCUGGUGAAAGCUACUCCAUCAUCUCUUCUAAGAUAUGACCUUACUGAGUACACACAUGUUUGUUUUGCACAUAAAGGCCACAUGAGCAACAUUCUUCAUAUCUCAGUGUCCUACACCAACAUUUCCUUAUCUUCAAUGGAAAGAAACCUCACCUGCCAGUGGGAUUUCAAUGGAACUGACCCCACAAGCUGGACAUUCUCCUGCACUGACCUCUGGACAGGGUGUGUGAGUCGCUCUGUGCCUCUCCAGGACCUUCCCAUCAACACCCCGGUGUUUGUACAUCAGAUUGACUUGCUGAGCAUCCAGCAGAAGGAAACAGCUGGGUUGUUCUACCUUGAUGAAGUCAUCAUCACAGACAGAGCUGUGACUGUUUCUCAGAGGGAUCCCAAGCCACGUCGGCUGGGUGGGCAGAUAAUAGAAGCAGUAACUGUGGUGGGGUCUUCUCCUACUUACAAUGUGUCCUGGCUGGUGUCUGGCUGUGGUGCAAGUCUGUCUCUUCUCUCCCUAAGGUAGGGACAAUGUGAUUCUUUCAUAUCC